AUGUAUUUCUUGUUCUUUGGUUCUCCACCCACCAAAGACUGGACAGAGGUCAGCGACCAUCCAUCAUAUAAGGGGUCUGUGGUGAAAGCUGUGGCUGAACUGGAGGAGACGUUCAGUAAACAGAUGAAGAUGCUGAUUGAGGCUGAGCUGAAGAGGGUCCAGCAGUAUGCAGUGGAUGUGACUCUUGAUCCUGAUACAGCACAUCCUAAACUCAUCCUGUCUGAUGAUGGGAAACAAGUAAAUAAUGGUGAUGUGAGGAAGGAUCUCCCAGACAACCCAGAGAGAUUUACACUUUAUGCAAUUGUGUUAGGAAAGCAGAGCUUGUCUUCAGGCAGAUUUUACUUUGAGGUUCAGGUUAAAGAAAAGACUGACUGGGAUUUAGGAGUGGCCAGAGAGUCGAUCGACAGGAAGGGAAACAUAACACUGAGCCCUGAGGAUGGUUUCUGGACUAUAUGUUUGAGAAAUGAAAAUGAGUACGGUGCUUGUGAAAACCAUUUAGUCGAUCUCUCUCUGAAGUCUCGUCCUCAGAAGGUGGGGGUGUUUGUGGAUUAUGAGGAGGGUCUGGUCUCCUUUUAUGAUGUAGAUGCUGCAGCUCUUAUCUACUCCUUUACUGGCUGCUCCUUUACUGAGAAACUCUACCCAUUCUUCAGUCCUAAUCCUAAUUAUGGUGGUAAAAACUCCGCCCCUCUGAUCAUCUGUCCUGUCAAUCAAACUGAGUCAAUACCAGGAUGCUGAUUGAUUAGAGACCAAAACUGAUCAAUUUUAAAUGAAAAGAUUCAGUUAAUUAUGGUAACAAAUGUAUAUGCAGCAGUAAUGUACAGUGUGAACUUGUUUCCAUCAGGAUAUGAUUAAUGCAGACAUUCUUUUAUGAUUUAUAAUUAUCAAUAUUUUAUUUCAUGUAUGUUGGAAUUGACCUUAAACUUGUCUCUUUAAUGCUUCAGUAUCCUCCUCCAUGAUUGAUUCAUUAACCUCUUCACUGGUGAUGGAUCCAUCAUGACAAACACACGU